AAAGCAAUUUUGAACUUAAAGUGGUGAAUAUAUAAGAAACCCCCCGAAAAAAACCAUAAAAAAAUAAAACGGAAAAGGAAGUUUUAAUACUAGACACACACAUUCACACAUCCAAGCAUAGCAAGAUGAAAUCCAUCUUCUUUAAAGUAACGUUUGUUAUUUUUAGCUUGGCCCUUUGCCAAAGCAUACCCUCCACCACCGCCAACCAAAAACUCAACUCAUCCAUCUCCAUCAGCAAUACAACCAACAUUAAGAAUGCAUCACUAGCAACAGUAACAAUAUCCACGACAAAUGCUACAACAAAUACCACUGACAAAUACCUUCAUUCCUCCGUUUAUGAAGCUCAUGCUACAAAGGCAUUGAAUACGGCCAUUAAGCGCAUGCAAUCGAUUUACAAUCGCAAACGUGAACUCUUCUAUAGUCUAACAGGCAGAGGAUAUAGCGUUAAUCAAGCGCCCAUCAAACAGGAAAUAGACAGAGACUAUCAUAACCUGGUGUACGAAUUGGCAGGUAAUCUCAGCGUUAUACCAGUGCAACAAUUAAAAAAUUCAACACUACGACGUCAGGUGCAACGUCUGUCGAAGCUGCAACUAUAUGGCCUGGGUAGACGAGACUUUGAACAGGCCAAGGAGUUGUUGCACACCAUGCAAACAUUUAUAACAUCACGUUUGGUGUGUGUGCAACAGGAUUGCAGUCAGCAGUGGGCCAUGGUGCCAACAAUAAUUGGACACAUUGUGCGUACAAGAAACUAUAUGGAUUUGGAAUUUCAAUGGAUUAAAUGGCGACAGGCAUUGUCUGAACGUGAUUUGGGCAAAUCAACAUUUAUCGAUUUUGUGCGAUUGCUGCGUAUUGCCGCCACCUAUAACGGUCAUGUUACACCAUCUCGCACUUGGUAUUUGUAUUAUGAAACGGAGAAUUUUCAACGUGAAUUAGAAGAUGUGGUUUGGGAUCUAAUGCCAUUAUAUAAAGAGUUGCAUGCAUACUUACGCUACUGGGCACGUAAGACCUAUAGCGAUUCAUUGACAGCUUCAGAUGGUGCUAUACCAGCCCCAGUUAUGGAACAAAUGUUAAUGCAAGCCUGGCAUCCACGUUCAAUAUUUCGUACACCUUAUCCUAAAAAACAAUUGCCCACUGUAAAACAGCGUCUAGAGGAGGUUUAUGUUACACCCGUUAUCAUUAAUAAAAAAGCGGCAGAAUUUUUUGAAUCCUUAGGCUUAAAUCAUAUGUCGGAUGCAUUUUAUCAAAAAUUCUCACGUCGCAUGAAUGACGAUGAAAUGGGACCCGAAUGUAAGUCUGAAGUUCAUUACUUCCCUCCCGAUGUAGCUCUGCGUUAUUGUCCUAAAUUGGAUUAUAAAGUUCUAAUGCAAAUGCAUGGUUAUAUGGCUGAACUGCAAUAUAAUAUUUAUAAAACUAAUCUGCCCUUCGGUUUGGAUCGUGAACCUUGUCCCGGCUUUGGUAGUGCUUUGGGUGAAUCGUCUGUUAUUGCCUCGGGUACACCACGUCACCUGAAUCGUUUACAUAUCUUGGUUAAUGCCAGUUUACCCGCUGAGGAAUCAAUGAAUCGUUUAUUCCGUAUGGGUGUCCAUACAUUAUUGGCCAUUCCCCAGUAUUUUAUUAAUGAUAAAUUUCUUGUUGAUGUUAUGGAUGGACGCAUUGGUCCUCAUGAGUAUAAUUGUGCUUAUUGGCGUUUACAGUAUAAAUAUGCUGGUGUUGUGCCUCCACAUCGUAGAAGUGAAAAACAUUUCGAUCCCGACUAUAAGUUCUAUCGUGGACUGAAUCCUGAGAAGCCUAAUACUGCCAAAUUCCUUUCCGAAGUUUUGGGUUUCAAUUUCUAUCGCAGUUUCUGCUUGGCUAGUGGUGAAUAUAAACCCGGUAAUCCAGCUUUUCCUUUAUACAACUGUGAUUUCUAUGGCAGUAAAGCAGCCGGCGAUAUUAUUAAAAAUGUCAUGCAAAUGGGAGCCACCAAACAUUGGCGUGAGGCUAUGGAAAAAGCUACUGGUGAUAAACGUUUGAGUGGCAAAGGCGUAAUGGAGUAUUUUGGUCCUUUAUAUGUAUGGCUUAAGGCACGCAAUAAAGAAUUGGAUAUACAAAGCGGUUGGGAUGAUGAUCCAAAUUGCGGUAGUAAUUAAACAAAAACACAUACUUAUGCAUACCAACAGAUAUAAAAGUAAUAAGUAAUUACAUUUUAAUUACAAAUUGUUGUUUUAAGCAGAUAUACGAACAUAUUGUUUUUAUUUUAAAAAGAACAUAAUUAAUUAAUGGUAUUUUACUUACACAUUCAUAUAAAUAUUUAUAGUAAAUCUUGAUAAAUAAAAUAUAUAAAUAAAAUUUAAA